CUGGAAGGUCUUGGUCAUCCAUCGAAGAACCUCUGCGGCAACAAUGGACCCAGCUACUUUCGAAUUUACGGCAGGACCUCUCAUAGGAAAGACAAUUCGAGCGGAACUGACAGAGAUGCAGAGCCCCGACAUAAACAGAAAGACAUCGACUCCAAUGGAUAGAAUUGAAAGGCGUCCGCUUGACCCUCCCCCGGUUGUGCGGCUUCGACUCUUCGAGAUUGAACACGAAGGAAAAUCCCAAGAACGAGUGUCAGAGCUCAACCCUGGGGCCUCCUUCGCGUUCAGUGGAUUUGUGUGCCAUAUCGACUUGUUUCCGGUUAAGGAACCGGCGGGGUUUAUUGGGCCGAAGCCCAUGAAACAGUGGGCCGAUGAGCAAUACGAACUCCAGGAACUGAUUCAACGUCUCAGCGCCGAAGAGAGCGAGUUCGAGCGCAAGAAAUUUACGGACAAGCUCUUUGGCUGUACUGUUGUGAAUGCGGUACAGAUCAAGGAUCUACAAAACAAUCCCUGCUCUGUUUUUGUCUUCGGAGAUAUAUCCGUUCGGACGGAGGGCCAUUUUGUGCUGCGGUAUAGAUGUUUUGACAUUUUUAGCAGCAUUAGAUCGAAGGAUGUGAUUCCCAUUUGUGCGGAGACGUGGAGCAAACCGUUUGUUGUUGUGGGGACAAAGGAAUUUCCCGGUCUGAAAGCGAGCACACCACUCACAAGGGUAUAUUUUUGUCGAAUUAUGCGGGAAAACAACAAAGGGUGACGGUUUUAGCAUCUAUCCAAUUACGGCAUCCCAGUAAAUUGGCGUGGGAUGGGACGCAGUCAAGCGCAGAUCAAUGCUGAAACCGCUAGAAAGAGCAAGCAGACCGCUUCCGAAGAUGACGGCGACCCACGGCCCCCUCCUGCGCGCGUACGCUCCACCCAUGGAUCGAGAUCGCCUAUUUUCUCUCCCCCGGAAAGGCCCGCGACCAGGAAUUCCCUUCUUUCUGUUCCUUCUACCUACGAGCCAAGAGUGUCGUCAGUCCGUACCACCACCUCGCCUCGGGUCCCUCGAAGGGAAGUUCAUCACACCGUCCCCAGAACAGGUCUUCCCUCACUGGGCCAGUACCAAUACGAGUCUUCCUCGUCCGGACACCAGCCCUUCCAAGCGUCGACAAGUAGAGGAGCGUUCCCUUCUCUUACAGAGCAAAUACCGGAGCUUGAUGACCAC